AUGACGUCUUCCCUGCCUCUUCUCUCCAUCCCUUAUGUCCCGUUAAACAAGAUUAUUGAUUUUAUGGAAUCCAGUUCAUUAGUCUCCAUGUCCCUAUGCUCCCAUAAAAGUCGUUCAGUUAUCAAAACCCAUAGAAGAAAGUCAAUUGAUGGACGUCUACAUAUCUCAUAUAAUGAUGAGAGAUUUCACAUAUCAUUCAACACGUUUUUGGAACAGUUUCCAGUAUUAGGGGUGUUUAACUUAUCGAAAAUACCAAAUUCAGUCAAAGAAGAUUGCAUUAAAUUGAAUGGAAAACAAGUACCAGUCAGACUGAAUUCACAAAGAGGAUUUCUUCUAACAUAUUGGGAAGAUGAAGUCGAAGGAUUGAAGACACUCACUGACCAUAUCACCAGUCUAUUCAAUAUUGAUGUACUGGAAAUUACUUUCACAAAGAAAUCAAUUUGGAUGAUAGAUUGGGUGAAUAGUAGACAGCAGACACCAAUUGCGACUGCUAUUUGUGAGCAUGGAAAAGACAUACUAUCAGAAGAGGAAAUGCUCCAUAUACUGAAAGAGUGUCCAGCUUCACUUGAGACUGUCAUCUAUCCAUCACCACCUCCCAAUUUCCAGUUUCGAGAAAAUUUCAGAAAAAUUGAUUGCCUAAUUCUUAGUCAUGGAUUGUGGGUAACAGUUGAAAACCUAUUGACUAUGGAUGGUAUCGAAAUCCUGUUAAAAACUUCAAACCUGUCUUGUAUCGACAUUAAUAUGUUUCUGAAACACUGGUUGUCUGGGGGAUGCCCUCGUUUGAAAUACUUUAUGGCGAAUGUAGAUGACGAGGACUUCGAUUCAAUGUUCACUGAUUUAUGGGAUAACGUCGUUAUUGUGGAGGAUUUUCGACACCCUUUCGGAUGCGUGAAUCACUUGCACUAUGGAUAUGAUCUACAACGUGCGGAUAGUGUGACUGCUACCGUAUGCCAUCAAGAAAACGGACACAUGAUUAUUGUUGUCUGGCCAGAAUCAGUCUACGAACACGUUUAG